GCUGCAACCUGCCGAUGAAGAGGAGGAGGAAGAAGACGAAGAAGAACAAUGUUCGUUUCCGGGAUCAGCACUGCUGGAGAACCGUAAUAUGUCCAUGUGCUAGACUGUGAACAACCAUCACAACACAAGCAUUGGGGAACCUGCCGAGCUGGUUGGUUCUGUUCAGUCUGGCCUUCUGCGGGCUCAAAUAAGCACAGAAAUGAAGAAAAGAAGUGGCGGCUGUCUGGACAGUCGGCUCAAACCGAGAGUGGAGCAGUAUAUGACGACCUGCACCAGUGAAUAUGUAGACCUUUCCGCCAUGGCCCUGGAACUUCAAAAACUGUACAGAAUGGAGUAUGGAAGGAGAAACAAGACAGCUUUCAGGAUUCAAGUAGAGAAAGUGUAUGACGCAAUCAUGAAGGACUCCGGGCUGAAUGAUCAUGAGAGCAAACACUUGACUAAGAGAGCCAAGCACAGCCACAAUGACAGUGAUGAUGGUAGCAGCUUAGAAACGUCCUCUGACAGCGGUGACCACAUUCUGGAGAACACUCCCACCAACCACAUGAACAGCUCUCUUACAUCUCUGUACCGGAAGGGACACCCUGACUCCAACAACUGCUCACCUAGGAGAGAUGAACCUGCUGCCAGCUGUCCUGCAAGCACAGUCAACCUCCCUCCUAGUUCAGGGACGCUGAUUUCCAAUGGAGGCUGGUUCAUUGAUAGAGGCAGAGGGCCAGAGAAGAGCACAAUCCUUAUUGACCUGUGUGAAGAGCAGCCAACUGAAACAGCAACAAAUCAGACAGAUGUGUCCCUGCUAGAGCCUCAGAAAUCUCACACAAAGUCCAAAAAAAGGAUGAAGAUAUCAACUGAAACUACAGAGUCUCGAAUCCUGAAUAAGAAAGCAAAAUCAAAGUCACCAGAGCUGCAGUAUCCCACUCUGAAGUUUGAAGAUGUUGGAGGUAAUGAAGAGACGUUAAUGGAGGUGUGUAAGCUGCUGAUCCACAUGCGUCACCCAGAGGUGUACCAGCAACUGGGAAUGGUUCCUCCAAGGGGCUUCCUCCUACAUGGACCUCCUGGCUGUGGAAAGACGCUGCUGGCCCAGGCUGUGGCUGGGGAGCUGCAGCUGCCCUUGUUGAAGGUGUCUGCUCCGGAGCUGGUAUCUGGAGUGUCAGGAGAGUCUGAACAGAAGCUCAGAGAGCUGUUUGACCUGGCUGUGAACUCUGCCCCAUGUAUUCUGUUCAUAGAUGAAAUAGAUUCCAUCACCCCUAAGAGAGAGGUGGCUUCUAAAGACAUGGAGAGGAGGAUUGUAGCCCAGCUCCUAACUUGCAUGGAUGACUUGAACAGUCUGACGGUGACAGCUCAGGUCCUGGUCAUCGGUGCCACCAACAGGCCAGACUCCCUAGACCCUGCCCUCCGCAGAGCUGGACGAUUCGACAGAGAGAUCUGCCUUGGUAUCCCUGAUGAAGCAGCUCGUCUCAGGAUCUUGAAGACGUUAUGUCGAAAACUGAAGCUGCAGGAGGACUUUGACUACCAGCAGCUGGCCCGGCUCACCCCAGGCUACGUGGGCGCAGACCUUAUGGCUCUGUGCCGCGAAGCUGCCAUGAGUGCUGUAAGCAGGGUUCUGCUGGAAAUAAGAGGACGGAGCCAAAGCCAGAGUUCUACUAAAGAGCUAUUAACAGGCGGAGUUCAGACUGAAGCUGUUGUAACAGAAGGAGAGUUCAGAGAGCAACAGGGAGCAGACAUCAACCCAGUACCUCAAGAAGAGUUGGGACAGAGUCACCUGCAGGGAGAUCUGUGGCACCUGCUGCAAUUGUUAAAGAACACUGCAACACUAUCAGAGGAAGAGCUUGCUGGCUUGUCCAUCCUCAUGUCAGACUUCCUGGCCUCUCUGGCCAGUGUCCAGCCCUCAGCCAAGAGGGAGGGCUUUGCCACCGUGCCUGAUGUCACCUGGGAGGAUGUUGGAGCCCUGCAGGACAUCAGAGAGGACCUCACUAUGGCCAUAUUGGCUCCAGUGCGUUCUCCAGAGCAGUUCAGGGCUCUGGGGCUCAGUGCUCCAUCUGGUGUGCUUCUGGCUGGACCUCCAGGAUGUGGAAAAACACUGCUGGCCAAGGCAGUGGCCAAUGAGUCAGGCCUUAACUUCAUCUCUGUCAAGGGUCCAGAGCUGCUCAACAUGUACGUGGGAGAGAGUGAGCGGGCUGUCAGACAGGUCUUUCAGAGAGGACGCAACUCGGCUCCUUGUGUCAUAUUCUUUGACGAGAUUGAUGCUCUGUGUCCUCGCCGCUCAGGCCAUGAGUCAGGAGCCAGUGUGCGGGUGGUCAACCAGCUGCUGACAGAGAUGGAUGGCUUAGAGUCUCGACGGCAGGUCUUCAUCAUGGCUGCAACCAACAGACCAGAUAUCAUCGACCCUGCCAUACUGAGGCCAGGUCGUCUGGAUAAAACCUUGUAUGUAGGUCUGCCACCUCAAGCAGACCGCCAUGCCAUCCUGCUCACCAUUACUAAGGGUGGGACCAAACCUCAGCUGGAGCAGGAUGUCUGUCUGGAAGAGAUUGCCUUCGAUGAGCGAUGUGAUUGCUUCAGUGGAGCUGACCUGACUGCGUUAGUGAGAGAAGCAUCUAUUAAUGCCCUGAGGGCCUACCUGAAGUCUCAGCCUUCCCAAGCUUAUUCUCAUGGUCACACAUUAUCUUCUGGCUCAGUAGCUGACAUUAGAGUAAGCAAGCAGAACUUUGAUGAUGCCUUCAAGAAAGUUCGUCCAUCUGUGUCCAAAAAGGAGCAGAAGAUGUACGAGCAGCUCAGAGAAUCCCUCAGCAGAUAAUUAAAUGACCAGAACCAUAAACAGCAACAGUUCAACUCUGACUUAAGUUACUGGUGAAUAAUUAUGUAAUGUUUGUAUACGCAUCUUAUUGUGGUUGCAUCAUAAUACUGAUUUCUGAUUUUAUAAUAAAAAGUGUGUAGA